AUGUGCUACGGAAUCCUCUACGGUGUCUCGGAGGCCACGCUGAAGAAGUAUCGCGGUUGGGCCAACGAGUACAAGCGGUUCAUGGCUCACGAGCUGCCUAAACUGGACGCGGGUAGGUUUGGUGAUGAGGCCGCGCUGAGAAACGCGAACCCCGACGAGAUUGGGGCCGCGCUCGAACAGAACAUGGGUGGUGACUGGAAGAUGGCGGAGGGCGACGAGCAGUGGUUCCACGGCCCUGAGACGAAUCCGUGGCGCUUACGCAAAUACGUGACCUUCCUCGCGAACGAGACAGUCGCGCAGGCAGACAGGAUGGCCACACUCAAGCGGCCGCAGAAGACCUUGAAGAAGAGACGCCAGUGCACCCCGGCAAUGCUGAUGGGGUGUCUCAAGGCUUUGAACCUGCUCAUCAAGCUGGACGGGGCCAUCUUCAGGAAGCCCGUUCUGAACCUGCUGCGCGACUUUCCAGAGUGUCGCAUCUGGGUCCGCGUUCAAGUACGCGACCAAUACAAGCGGUUUAUCGCGACGGGCAAGACAAACAAGGACUUCUCGCUCAACUACAUAUCUGCUGUGAGGCACAUAGAUUGGACGCUGUGCGCGGUCGGAGCGACGCUGCUGUGGCUGCACUGGGUGUACGACUUGGUUCCCAUCCUCUAUGAGGACAUAGCCCCCCCUCUCGACUUCACGGAACCCUCCACGUGGUACGAUCAAUACCUGUUCUUCCCCCUUCGCGCGGGCAACGAGAAGCAAAUACCGCCCACGACUCAUCACGACUGGGCGGCGAAAAUUCUCCGAGACGCGGGAAUCACAUGCUCGCGUGCGGUUCACGCGACCAGGGCUGGGGGGGCGCAGCACGCGUCCGCGGACGGAAUGCCUUCGGAUCAGCUGGCAAGGCUGGGGGGUUGGCGCUUCAUCGACGUGAUGACUAAGCACUACCUCACAACCAUUCCAAGGGAGGCCGUGCUGCUGAAGGCGGGCUUCACCGGGGUUGACGGUGACUACUUCCUGGGUCGCGCAACUGUUCCGGUCAAUGAUAAGCUGGAUGAGCUACUGAGGAAGCACAUUUUCCCAUGGGCCGCCACGGACAAAGAACAGCAACAGGAGGUGAGUACCAGAAUGGACGCGCAGAACCAAGUGACCGUCCUCACUGAGUACUUGACUCGUUCACAAGCGGACAACACUAGACUGGGCCUAGAGUUGGUCGCGACUCAUAAACGGGUGAAAGAGCUGGAGGGGCUGCUGGAGGAUCGCGAUCGGAAACUGGCCAAGAAGGACGAGCGCGUGAAUGAUUUGGAAGCCCAGCUGUCGCGGCUCACCGUGAGCAGCUCAGGGCCGACCGCGGUUCCGAACCAGGCAACCACUCCUGGAGCCGCGGCCGCGUCGACCAAUGCCUCAGGUCCCACCGAGCAGGGGACGCGGAAGAAACCCGCAGCGCCCACCAGGGAAGAGACGAUUCGGGACACGAUCGUCCUUCCAUGGGUCAACGCCACCAAACCGUCAGACGGAUGGAAGCUGUACAAGACAACGCACGCGCUGAUCCUCGAGAGUCCAGAGUCGCUUCUUGCCCAACCCCGUGGCGCAGUUUCGCGAAUGGCCGCGCUCAUUGGGGAGGAGGGGGGCGGCCAGAACGCGAUAAACCGUGUUAAGCAAAUCAUGAACUUCAUCGCCCACAGGGUGGAGCAAGGAGACGACAUCGCGGUAGUGCUAGACAAGCUCGACCUCAUGUCAGGUGCUGUGGGCAUGUCGGGUGUAUCAGAAGGGAUCGCGGUAAAGAAGAAGAGUGUUGACAUGGAACUGAGCCAGCUCAAGAAGGGCUCUCCAGUGGAGGUGCAGUUGCGUGUGAAAUGGAUGCUUGUUCGCGACCGUCUCAUCAAUGCCUCUCUUCCCGCUUCUGAGUUCACGGUCGCGUGGCCCCAGUACUGUGCGCUCAUGCCAGACUUGCAGUAA